GUCGUCCCGGGCAACUACUACGUCCGGUUUUCGGUUUGGCUGUGGGCGACCGCCAUGAGUAAAAGAGCGGAAGCUGCGGCGGGAGCGCCCGCAAUCCUCUUGAGGUACCUGCAGGAACAGAACAGGCCCUACAGCGCCCAGGACGUGUUCGGGAACCUGCAGCGGGAACAUGGGCUGGGCAAGGCGGCGGUGGUGAAGGCGCUGGAGCAGCUGGCCCAGCAGGGAAAGAUCCGGGAGAAGACCUACGGCAAACAGAAGGUCUACUUCGCCGACCAGAACGUGUCCCUGAGGCUUUGCGUGCAUUGCCACCACCAGGCUCUUCCCACCCAGGACCAGUUUGACACCGUGAGUGAUGCCGACCUCCAGAGCCUGGACACUGAGAUUGUGGCCCUCUCCGCGAAGGUGCAGGGCCUGCAGCAGAGCUGCCGCCACAUGGAGGCCGAGCUUAAGGAGCUGACGAGUGCCCUGACCACUCCAGAGAUGCAGCGAGAAAUCGCGCAGCUGAAGGCCGAGUGCGCUGGCUUCCAGGAGAGGCUGCAGGGCAUCAAGGGCGCCCCCGUGUGUGUGACGCCAGAGGAGAAGGAGCAGGUGCACAGAGAGCGACGGCGGCUCUGCAGGGAGUGGCGGACGCGCAAGAGGAUGGCCGCUGAGCUGUGUGACGCGAUACUUGAAGGCUACCCCAAGAGCAGGAAGCAGUUCUUCGAAGAAGUCGGCAUUGAGACGGAUGAGGACCACAACGUGGCACCACCAGACCCCUGAGGGGCAGCUGGCCACCUAGGCUCUUCCGUCCCUUGCCGCUGCAGUGGUUUGCGUGAGCGUCACUGGCAUGCUUGGAACAAACAGGGCUCCAGGAGUGUAUGUGAUGGUGUUUAUUUUCAUUUCAUACAAAAAUACUGACUUUCUUGUGGUAGUCAGAGUCCCCACAGUGCUGGCCCCGGGCAGUGAGGCACCUGGCAGACAGGCGGCCCUGGACGUGCAGAGGCCCCAGCAGGCGUUCUGCAGGAGACGGGAGGAAGGUGGGGAGGGGUUUGGAAGCCUGUUGCUUUUCCAGAGUUGUAACUAGUAAAAUUGCACUGUUGGCGUU